AUGGAUCCCCUCUAUCAGGCUGGGUCCAUCCUCAUGAAGGUGAAUACCUUACAAGGGAAGAAGAUGGUAGAGAGUGGCCUCCAGUCUGGAGACUUUUCCCUCUCCCAGUCAUGGCCCUCCUGCCUCCCGCUGCCAGCUGACUUGGAGAUCCUGCAGCAGAAGGUGGCGGGGAUGCAACGGGAGCUGGAGGACUUUAAGAAGGAGGCGCUGAAGGCCAUCCAUUACCUGGAAGACUCCUUCUGCGAGAUGAAUAGCAUCCUGGUGCAGCAAGAGGAGCAGGCGGCCCGCGUGAAGCAGCGGCUGAGGGAAGAGGAGGACCGGGGCGUCGUGCGCAACAAGGUCCUCACCUUCCUGCUGCCACGCGAGAAGCAGCUCCGGGAACACUGCAAGUGGCUGGAGUACAUGCUGCUGGGCAGGGGCCGCGACACGCUGGGUGCUGUCAGGAAGAGCCAGGUGGACUGA